CGUCUUUUCUGAGUAUGUCUCGUUAUGCGAUGACAGAGAUCUGAUAAUUGUGUCUAUAAUUGAAGUUGAGCCUGGCAAUGAUGCCUGAGGUAUCUGCACCCUCUGAAGCAAGCCAAGGACGGAGACGCCUUCGAAUAUGCUUGUCUGUUGAUUUCGAUGCCAUCUCGGGCUACUUGGGUACUGGUCAUGACCCCUCCAACACCCUGGCCGACUAUUCUGCUGGAAUAUUUUCGGCCAAUGUAGGUGUUGGCCGUCUCCUUCGGCUGUUUGAGAAGCAUGGCAUCUCAGACAGAAUGACUUGGUUCAUCCCAGGUCAUAGUUUAGAGACAUUCCCAGCACAAAGCCGGCAGAUUGUGCAAAGUGGUGCGGAAAUCGGCCUACAUGGCUAUAGCCACGAGGGGGCAUAUGCUAUGACGGUGGCACAGGAGAAAGAUGUCUUGGAGAAGUGCAUGGAUCUAGUCACCAAUCUACAGAAUGGAAAGAGGCCGGUUGGAUACCGAGCUCCAUUGUACCAGAUCCGCGAGACCACGGUCCAGUUGCUGCAGGAGCAUGAUUUCUUGUAUGACUCGAGCAUGAAUGCGCAUGACUCUCUCCCUUACUUCCUGCCUCGGCCUUUCCCUGGAGAGCCACCACAUGUCCCCAACUAUGAGCAACCAGCCAGCAGCUGGAUGAUCCCGACACCUGUUCCGCUACAACCCGAGAUUGGAAGUUUGGAGGCGCAAAAGGCACUGGUAGAAAUCCCAGCGAGUUGGUAUGGCGAAGACAUGACACCGCUGGGCUUCUAUCCAUAUUCAGUCAACACACAAGGCUAUGUAGGUGUUGAUCUGGUGGAGAAGAUGUGGUGGGAUCGCUUUGAUUGGAUCUGGGAAAAUGAGAGCUGGCUGGAUCACGGGCCAGGACAAGGAUAUGGUUCAGUAUUCCCUAUGGUAUUCCACCCCGAAAGCGCCGGACGUGCUCAUAUCAUUGGGAUGAUCGACCGAUUCAUCUCUGGGCUAGUGGCACGAAGUGUGGCGGCAACAGAGCAUGAGAUCACCUUUGAGACAAUGGAGAGCGUGGCCAUGAGCUGGAAAGAACGCUAGUGGCUGGAGCAAAGACAGUACGAAGGAUGUCUCGUGUUGAGGAUCCUGCCUUUGAUUACAUGAGGCGGUGUUGGGAUAAUGCCGCCCCUGGGUCUUUAGGUCUUUUUAUUAACACAGACGACAUAGCUCUCUAGCGGGCAAAUGAUGACUAAACACCGG